AUGGCGUGGGGAACAAUGAGCAGAUGUGACGGCGGCGGAUCCGUCGCUCUGGAGCGGCCGCUGCGGCUUUGGUCCCUGCUAAUCGACAGCGUCCGGUGCGGCGGAGGCGCCCAUCGGCCCAAUCGGAGGGACCCGAAGCCCGGAUCCGAUAAGCUGUCGGAGCUCCUCAAGCGGGCCGAGUGGUGGGAGAAUGAGGAAUCGGAGGCGGAGCUAAGGCGGAGGAAGAAGGAGGAGGCGCUGGAAAUGCUGAAGGGGGUGGCCAGGAAGCUUCAGGGGCCGUCGGUGGUGGAGGGCGCGGCGGAGGUGCGGCGGUUGACCAAGGACGACCCGGAGGCCCGCGCCACUCUCGCCCUGCUCGGCGUGAUCCCUCCCCUGGUUUCCCUGCUCGACGCCCAAGAUCCCACCUCUCGCACUCAGAUCGCCGCCCUUUAUGCUCUGCUCAACCUCGCCAUAGCCAACGACGGAUCUCCUGUUUUGCCUGUGUGUCUGUUCAGGAACAAAGCCGCCAUCGUGAAAUCCGGCGCCGUCCACAAAAUCCUGAACCUCAUCCAAAACCCUACACACAAUCCCGACCUCGCCGAGGCCGCCGUAGCCAACUUCCUCGGCCUCAGCGCCCUCGACUCCAACAAACCCAUCAUCGGCUCUUCAGGCGCCAUCCCAUUUCUCGUAAAAACCCUCAAACACUCCCCCAACCCUCAGCCCAAACAGGACGCCCUCCGAGCCCUCUGCAACCUCUCCAUCUCUCCCGCAAACAUCCCACCCAUCCUCCAAACCGACCUCAUCCCUCACCUCAUCUCCGAGCUCGGCUGCGACACCUCAGCCACGAGCAACCGAAUCCUCUCCAUCCUCGCAAAUAUAGUCUCGGUUUCGGACGGUAGGAGGAAAAUUGGCUCUGUCCCGGACACAUUCCCCAUACUUGUAGAUGUCUUGGGCUGGACAGACUCACACGAGUGCCAAGAAAAGGCAUCUUAUAUUCUAAUGGUGAUGGCCCAUAAGUCGUAUGUCGAUCGACAAGCCAUAAUCGAGGCUGGGGCAGUUUCGGCACUACUCGAGCUCACUCUCUUGGGAAGUGUGCUGGCGCAGAAGAGGGCUUCGAGGAUGCUUGAGCUGCUGAGGGUCGACAAGGGCAAACAGGUUGUUCUCGGGGGAGGAGGGAAUGUUUCGGCCCCGCUGAUGUCAUCACCUUCGCUGAAUUCUUUUACAGUGGAAGAGGAGGAGGAAGAAGAGGAAACGAUGAUGAGUCACGAGAAGAGGGCUGUGAGGCAGCUUGUGCAGCAGAGCCUGCAUACGAAUAUGAAGAGGAUGGUGGAGAGGGCGAAUUUGCCGCAAGAUUUUGUGCCCUCCGAGCAGUUCAAAGCACUCACGUGUGGCUCCUCCACGUCCAAGAGCUUGCCACCCAACGAUGUACAACGGAAUAAGUUUGCAGACCCAUCAGGGCUCCAACACCAGCGGCACGUUCAGGCGAAUGUCUUCACCGUCAAGGCGAGGGCGAAUAGAGUCGUCACCGGUCCGAGCAAGGAUUUCAAAUCGGGGCAAGGGGCAGCGGGCGUGAUCCGGGGGCCCGACAAGGAGAUACUGGAGGACGAACGCAAGAAGCAGAUAUAUCGAAAUUUUUGA